UGAUCGGGAUUUGACCGAUUCAAAAAUAAAUAAAGAAGGAAGUUCUGAGAAAUUUACUGAAAAGAGCCGCAGAUUUUUCAAGGAUUUUUUCCCAUAUUUUUUUAAGGAGGAUCUGUCUUUUCUGAAAAACAUGUUGGACAUGGACACAAAUAGCAGAUAUCAGUGAUCUCUGAUGUUCACUUUUAAAGGACUUGAAAGAAGACAAGUCAACUGCCCAAAAGAGAUUUUGGGACUUAAAAGCUCGACCAAUCCAAAGGAAAAUAUACAGAAUUCUAUUUUUUUCCUCUGGAAUAAAGUUGAACAAGUUUCUAUGGAAAUACAUUUUUUUUUUCUGAUCAGUUUACACUACUUUAGACAACCUGUUGAUGCACCUCCCAAUCAACGUUGAUCAAUUACAACUGCCUCUACUCAAUCAAGGGGGAGCGUGACAAAGGGAAAAUAAUUUCAAUCUUUUUGCAGAAAUCUACCUGAAAUCUACCUGAAAUACAAACUAUUUUCAUUAUUUAGACAUAAAACACAAAGAAGGAGAGAAAUGGCACAGAAAGAAGGAGGAAGGCGUGUCAAGACCGGGGACCAUCUUGGGGCCAAAGCCAUAGCAGGGGCCCCUACAGCAGGUGGAGGAGUGGUGGUGGAGGUCAGGGAGAAGAAAGGAUCUCUGCGGGCAGCGAUACCCACAAUGCCCUUCCCUUUGGCCGUCAUCUGUCUGUUUCUGAACACCUUCAUACCGGGACUCGGUACCUUCAUCUCAGCGUUCACAGUGCUGUGCGGAGCUCGCAGCGAGCUGGUCUCACAGCGAGGCGUUUGUUGUGUGUUUUGGCUGAACGUGGCAGCAGCCUUCAUCCAGAUACUGACAGCUGUUAUCAUGGUGGGAUGGAUCAUGAGCAUCUUCUGGGGAAUGGACAUGGUCAUCCUGGCAAUUUCUGACGGCUAUAGAGACCAGGGUCUUCCUGAGGACGUCUGAGAGGUUGCUCUCACGUUUCCUGAUGGAUCACGUUGACCCCCCUCCCCCAAUGCCUGAAGGUGACCUUUACCUUUGAGAUGACCUGCAGCUGUCUGUCUUAUAAAUGCCGGAGAAGCAGAGGCAUUCAAAUAAAUUAGCUACACGGAGGGAAAAAAAGAAGGAAUGGUUCAGCUGACUGCUUCUGAUUGCAAGCUGCUGAUUGGUUAAGACCCAUUUACAUUUAAUUGAAAGAGACAGGACGAGGAAAGAUAAGCUGUGCAGUCGCAAGAAAAACAAUGUGUUUAUAUUUUGUGCUUUCUGAAUUCUGUCUUUUGAUAUUUUUUAUUUGAUCUGUUUGACAUAAAACAUAAAUCUGUAAAAGUUAGAGACCAGACAAUAUGUUUCGUGCAUAACAGGAAGAAAAUAAUGAAGGAGGAGGAUGAUGUGUUGGCAUGACGGCGUGAGAAACUAAAGAUACUUGUUUGAUAAAGGAUUUUUGAUCAAUGGAGGAAACACAUCAACAUGAUUUAGCUCAUAACAAGUGUUUCUAGAACCACCAUUACCAAUGCCUCGAAUGGCGGCCAAUCCACUUAUUUCAGUGUAAGAUGUCUGUGGAUUUAUUUGAAGGUUUUACUAUCUUUAGACUUUAGCAUUAGCCUCCUAUGUGAUUUAGUGGCCUUUCUUUGGUGAUAUUAACCCCAUGUUGCUGCACUGUUUCACUUUGAGCUUCUCUAAACUCUUGAGGCUGACUUUCCUCUUAAUUUGACAAUCACUGAGCCUAAAAUCAACAAUUAUUCAGGCAAUCAAUGUGAAGCAAAACAUGGCGAGUAUCAAUGAUAUUUUAAAUAAGAUGGAGGAAUUAUUUGCAACCAGCCUAUAAUUAUUGAAGCUACAAUAUUAUUAUAGCAUGCCGACUCUCACUGCAGGUCACAAGAUGGAUGUUAUCCUAAAAAUUACAGGAAUGUGUGCAAAAUGAUUAAUUCAACCUAUAAUUAUUUGAUUAGAAUUUCCAUACCUCUUAAAUGUGGAAACAAGUGUCAAAAGGAUAUUACACAUUAUUAGAACAUAGAAUCUAAUUGAAAAUAUGCCACUCUGGAGAACUGACUCUGGAGAGCUACAGUAUGUCUCACACAUAACGACAAAGAUAACAUUAUUAAAAUGAUGACUGAGGGCCUUUGUUUGAACAGUUAUUUUUGACUUGUUCUAUAAGGAUCAUCAGCCAGGAUAGGUUAAGAGUUCACAUACAGUAAGCAGUGCUAAACACUAUUAAAGUAUUUUUAAUGUUAUGUGUAUAUAUAUUAAUGUUUAGGUGCAAUAUUGGAAAUGGAGAUUAGAGAAUGGCCUCAGUACAAUGUGUACAAUUGUUAAUUAGAAAUGGCCAAUUCUAUCUCGUACAAGAUUAAAUGAAAAUGUUGUAAUAUUGAACACAACUUGCCUUGGAACUAUUGAUCCAAACAAAGCCGUUCCCAGCAGCUUUCUCAUGCACUGUACUAUUGACUCACUUCCCUGAAAAAUAUCCAAAAGUAUCAAAAGUCAAAGAGCCUUAAAUGAAAAGGAAUUAACCAGACAGUCUGAGCCGUAACACUAAUGGAGAGUCAAAAUCACUCUCAAGUGUGUUAUCGGGAAGCUCAGUUAAUGGGCUCCAACUGGGGCUUUUUGACUAAAUGCUACUUACGGUACACCCUCUAAAACAGAUUAUUACUACCUUAAAAUGGGACAAAUUAAGCAUGUCAUGCAGCACAUUUGUGGGAAGAAAUACUUGUAUUCAUGGUUACUUUAUUAUGGUCGUGCCUUUAUAGAAAUCAAGCUUAAUAUGUAUCACCUUGUUAAUGUACCCUCUUCUUCUUUUGAAUGAUGUAUCAUUGAUUUUCUUUGAAUUCUCCUUGUAUGUAUCAUCUUAGCUAAAUGCCUUAGCAUUUAGCCAAUGUUUUUCUGAUUAUGUGUUGUAAAGUAUUUGUAUGUGAGACAGAUGAUGAUGAUGAAGUCCGUUAUGGUGAUGAUGUUUAAUGCCUUACAAAUGACCAAUGUUUUCCCAGAAGUUUUUCUGUAGCAGUGAUGCUGGAUAUUAUUUGCUUUGUGUGGGUUUGGGAGCAAGUUAUACUGUAGAUCUAAUACCAUUGUUAUUGAUACACUUUGUUUUAAUGAUGGUGAUGUUGUGAUAGCUUUUUCGAUCGUAAAUGAACAUACUACAUUACUAUGUACAGUUUUCUGCAUGCAUAGUUUUGGUGUUAAGUCACUGUAUAGAGUAACCUACACCACUUUUAGAAUUUAGUUCGUAGCUUUAUUCUGUGACUUUGCAGAAUUGCUUUUAUUUUAAGUAAUUAAGGUGACUGAUAAAAAAAAUCUUGCAAUUAAAAGUU